AUGACCCUCCUUUUUUGCCUGCUCAUUUUUUCCACUCUUUUGGGACCGCUGAAAGCUUCUUCAGUCGGGUAUGCACGACGAGCACCUACCAGUCUAAACUGGACUCCAUGUGCCAACGCGCCGAGCGGUUCAAGGCUAGAGUGCGCAAAGGCACAGGUCCCCUUGGAUUGGGCUAAUUCGACUCAAGGAACGAUAGAUCUGUCGGUCAUGCGUCUUCCCGCUAAACAGUCUCGAAAGGGUGGCCCCGGGGUAUCUGGGCUUGAACUUGUAAUGAAACAAGGCGACCUGCUGCAAUCUCAGCUAGGGGAAGACUGGGACGUGGUUAGCUGGGAUACUCGCGGAAUCGGAGAAUCAGGCCCAGAUAUCAAGCUGUUUGCCUCUGACUCGGAGUACGAUGCGUUCUGGUCUCGCCUUCAGGGCAAUAAAACGCUUAGUUCUCGUGGAAAUCUUACCCAGAGUGCCGAUGCAGAAGCCUUCACGUCCCAGGUGCCGACUUUCGACAACUUUACGAUAUCCCUGAAUGAGAUGAUGGUGUCCAAGAAUGGGGAUAAACUAAAGCAUGUUGGAACUUGUGCCAAUGUCCGAGAUCUCGUCUACCUUGUUGAUGCUACAUACGGGGAAGGGUUCGACGUCAACUUCUGGGGGAUUAGCUACGGUACCUUGUUGGGGACAUAUCUUACACAGAUGUUUCCUGAGCGCGUUGGACGAGUCAUCUUAGACGGGGUAUACGAUGCCGAAAAGCAUUCAAACCAGGCCCCUAUGAAGUGGAUCGACACUGAUGAUCUGACCAUUGAUCAUGGCCUUCUAAUGUGGGCUCAAGCAUGUGCCGCAACGCCUAACUGCUAUGCUGCAAGGCAACUGUCCAACCCGACGCCAGAAAAGGUGCUGGCGUUGUUCGACCAAGCGCUCAAUACGGCGCACGCUCAGUACAACGGCUACGUGUGGACAGUACAGGGACAGAAUAAUCAGACCGCCUACCUUGAUAAAAACAAUUUCUCCUGGGAUUUCAUUGCUUCCAACAUUCGCACUGCUCUCUACGACCAAAAAUUGUGGCAGAUCCUUGGGGAAACCAUACCUGUGAUUGUUUCUUUACAGCACAAUAGCAAAGAGACGGCUCAAUUCGAGUUAAAACUUCCAUUUCGUCCGCAGUACGGUAUCCUUCCAGAGUACGCACUCGACAUGGUCAACAUUGCAAUCUACUGUAGCGACACAAUCGAUCCAGCAGGUGAGACGACAGAAGACCUGUUCCAAGCGUUCGUCGAUGCGGCCCAGAAGACGUCCAAGUGGGCCGGUGCAACCCUCGCCCAAAAUAUGCGAAGCCAUUGCCAUCGCUUUGCUUCUCGAGCAAUUGAGAGGUUACCACAGAAGAUGAAUAAGAAGCCAAAGAACGUAGUUUUGGUCAUAGGCAACACUGGAGACCCGAUUACCCCUUAUGAUUCCGCGCGCCGAGUUGCGUCCUCAGAGUUUCUCGGAAACCAAUCACGAUUAAUCAAGUUUAAUGCUGUUGGACACGGUUCUCAUGCAUUGAAUUCAACAUGUGUCGAUAAUGCAGUAAAGAGGUACGUCAACGGGGAACCUCCGAGCGACAAAGGCAACGACGAGGCAGAUAUUGUUUGCGACGUGGAUAGGACGCCCUAUGGGUCGAUUCCCCAAGAAUGGCGAAGCUCGGCGGUUCUCUCAACCAGAAUCAAGACUUGGGCUCGUAUGGUUGCAUGGAAUACUCCUAUACCUUCUGCACGGUGA